UUAUGUGUAGUGUUUUAUUCCCGCGGCCACCGGGAAUAGUUAGUAAUUCUGCUCGGACCGGCCCAGUCCGCCCAGGCCGCUGGACUAAAUUAGUAGUUCUACCGCAGUCGACCGGUGCGCACAUCGCGGUCUAACAACGCUUAAAUCCGACCCCCAGCCAGAGUUCUACCGGGCUGAAGAAGUGGACCGACGGCGAAAGUGGAGUAGAGUAGAAACUUCCUGCGGAUGCUGCAGAGCGGAACCGUUACUAUCUACUUGUGUAUGUGUUUUUUUUGUGAAUUGAAUUAGGAACUGGUGCGCGUCGUCAUCGAUGGGUUUAGCGCCGAAAGAAAGUCAAAGCGCAAAAGUCAGAGGUUAUCAUUGAUUCUCGUGCGUGUUUUUUUACAAUUUUAUCUAGGGCAAACUUUUCAAAAGUUUUAUUUUUCCAUUUGAGCAAGCUCAGCGUAGGUUUAUGCAAUUUUACAUAAGAUACAGGAAUAGCGCAAUUUUUUAUUAUUAAUUUCAACCAGCGAUUUUGUUACUAAGUUAAGGAAUUGCCGAUCAAAGAGAAGCUAUUGAAUCGAAUUCAACAAGUUGCUAGUGUGUAAACAUUAAGGAAUCCGCCAAUACUUCAUAAGAUCAACAGUAAAUUAUUUCUAAUAAAGUGAAUCUCAAAGAAACAGCGUCGUGUCAGCUAAUAAAAACGAAUCGAAAUGUCCGACCGCCAACUAGCCCUGCUGGAGGAGAAAAAACCGUUGAACCGGAUUUUCAUGCGCCCGGGUGUGAUUGAGGAGGAACCGGAUUCGCUGGACAGUGUGAUCGGAAACCUGCCGCUGACUAUUGUUCCCAGCCUAUCCCGGAUUUCCACCCAUGGUAGUGGGUUCAGCCGGCAGGAGAGUGUGAGAAGCCGAGCAUUCCGUCCGGGCACAACUCGAAAGUACCGUAAGCGGGCCAUCCUAAAGAACGGAGAGUGCAACAUUUCAACCUCCAAAGUGUCCCAGCAGCGGUUGCGUUUCCUGCAGGAUAUCUUCACCACCCUGGUGGAUGCCCAGUGGCGCUGGACGUUGCUGGUGUUUGCCUUCAGCUUCGUCGGUUCCUGGCUGUUCUUCGCGGUGAUCUGGUGGUUGAUUGCCUUUACACACGGCGACCUCGAGGAGUUACAUCUGCCGGAUAAUCAAGCCGAAACCGGUUGGAAUCCGUGCGUGUACAACAUCCGCUCGUUCACCUCCUGCUUCCUGUUCUCGAUCGAAACGCAGCACACGAUCGGUUACGGUGUGCGAACGACGACGGAGGAAUGCCCGGAGGCGAUUUUCAUCAUGUGCUUCCAGUCGAUCUACGGCGUCAUGAUACAGGCCUUCAUGGUUGGCAUUGUGUUUGCCAAGAUGACCCGACCGAAGCAUCGAACGCAGACGUUGCUGUUCUCGAAACAUGCCGUGAUCUGUCAGCGCGAUGGAGAGUUGUGCUUCAUGUUCCGGGUUGGUGAUAUGCGCAAGAGUCACAUUAUCGGGGCGAAUGUGAGGGCGCAAUUGAUUCGGACCAAGACCACUAAGGAAGGCGAGGUGUUGAUGCAGUACCAGUCCGAACUGGAGGUCGGGGUUGACGGUGGUGCUUCUGAUAUGUUCUUCAUCUGGCCCCAGGUGGUGGUUCAUAAAAUCAAUUCGGAUUCACCGUUGUACAACAUGUCGGCAACGGAUUUGCUGCAGGAUCGGUUCGAGGUUGUUGUUAUCUUGGAGGGUACGGUGGAGUCGACGGGACAGUCGACCCAAGCCAGAUCGAGUUAUGUCAACUCGGAGAUACUGUGGGGACAUCGAUUUGAGCCGGUGGUUUUCUAUAACAAGGAAAUUCAAGGCUAUGAAAUCAACUACAGUAAGUUCGACGAGACGCAGCAGGUGGAUACGCCCCUUUGCUCGGCACGUGAGUUGGCCGAAUUCUACAAGAUUCAGGACGACUACAAAAGCAAUGACCAUCUCGACAACAUCUCCUCGAAGACGCUGCUGGAACAGCGCUGGCAGUACAAAUACCGCUCGCUGAUGGACACCCUCAGCCAAUCGGUCAACCUCGAGGACGAAACUGGAUCCUUGCGACUCAGCAGGCACCCAUCUAAUCGAUCCUAUCUUACGAUCCAGAAUGUCCCCCGGAGGCACCGAUCCUAUGUGCAGCUGGAGAACAACCUGCGCAAUCUGUUCGAUUCAGUGCCGCCACCGGCGAAACGUGCCCCUUCCGCUUCCGUUCCGCUUUCCUCUUCCUCCACCACACAGCCUGUUCCUGCACCUGCACCAACUCAAGCCCCUGUUUCAGGGGAAUGUGGAGAACCUCCGAGAUAUUCUCCUCCACCGCCGGCGAUCUGCGACGGCGUGUUUACUUUCGGAAGCAAUCGCAAUCGGAGCGGUUCGACGAGGAGUCGGUCCAGCAACUAGCGGCCGCUGAGCACGAGAAAUGAGAUCUUUGCUUUUAGUUUUGUUUAGGUUUUAUUCUGAGGUAGAAUAUCGAAUCCUAGCAUUAGGCAGGUAGGUAGUAACCAAUUUGAUUACCAACGGUAGGCUGUAAGAUUAGUUAGGAAUGAAUGAGUAUUAUUUUAAGGAUGAAGAUGAAAGAAAUAUUAAAACCAGUGAUAUUUUAUCCGACGACGACUGUUGAACACGUUGAAAAUA